AUGGUUCGGUUGAGAGAGAUCCCGCGGACGGCGGCCUUCGCCUGGUCGUCCGGCCCGAACCCAUUAUUGGUUACAGGUACACGGUCCGGUGCAGUCGAUGCCGACUUCUCAGACGAGACCAAGCUCGAGCUAUGGGAACUCAACCUCGACGCUCUGGAUCAAGGCCUGGAGCUACAACCGGUAGCCAGCAUCAGCACCGAGUCCAGGUUUUACGACAUAGCAUGGGGCGCCCCCAGCGACGAGCACCCGCGGGGUGUGGUUGCCGGCGCAAUGGAGGACGGCUCGCUACAGUUGUGGGAUGCCGCGAAGCUUCUUGCUGGCGAGGAGGCAGUCAUGUCGCGCGACACCAAGCACACCGGGCCGAUCAAAGCCCUCCAGUUCAACCCUCUGCGACCGCAAGUGCUCGCCACCGCUGGCUCGAAGGGCGAGCUGUUUGUUUGGGAUACCAACGACACUUCGACCGCUUUCCGACUCGGCACCGCUGCCGCUCACGACAUCGACUGCGUGGCCUGGAACCGGAAAGUCUCCAAUAUUUUGGCGACGGGCAGCGCCGGCGGUUUUGUGACGGUGUGGGAUCUGAAGACGAAGAAGGCCUCGUUGACCUUGAACAAUAACCGCAAGCCGGUCAGCGCGAUCGCUUGGGACCCGACCAACUCCACCAACCUCCUGACCGCCACGUCCGACGACAACACCCCUCUCAUUCUGUUAUGGAACCUCAGGAACUCGCAGGCGCCCGAAAAGACCCUACAAGGUCACGAUCAGGGCAUCCUGUCAUUGUCGUGGUGCCAGCAGGACCCGGGCCUGCUCAUCUCCUGCGGUAAGGACAACAGGACCCUUGUAUGGAACCCGCAGACUGGGGAGCGAUACGGCGAGUUUCCGGAGGCCACCAACUGGACCUUCUUGACGCGCUUCAACCCCGGCAACCCCAACCUCGUGGCUACGGCCUCGUUCGACGGUAAAAUCACCGUUCAGACGUUGCAGAACACGAAUGCCUCCGUCGCGCCCGCCGCGCAAACUAACACGGACGACGAUGACUUCUUCGCUAAGGCUCCCACUGAGCUUCAGGGGGCGUCAUUCUCGCUCACAAGGGCGCCGAUCUGGUUCGAGCGGCCCGUCGGUGUUUCUUUCGGGUACGGCGGCAAGCUUAUCACCUUUAAAAAGAAUGACACGCCGGCCGGCCAACCCAGGUCAUCAAAGAUUCAGAUAUCGAGCUUCUCUGUCGACUCCGACAUUGGCUCCGCCACCGAGAAGUUCGAGGAGGCAUACAAGCGAGGAGAUAUCGGCGCCAUCUGCGACUCCAAUGCCGCUGACGCCCAGACGGAGGAAGAGAAGGCUGACUGGCAGGUGCUGAAGGCGUUGAGCGAGUCGGACGGGCGCACCAAGAUUCUUGAGUAUCUCGGAUUCGCUAAGGACGAUGAAGCCUCCACCUCACCCGAAGAGACGGAGGUCGCCGAGCCCAAAGAAGAACCGAAGGAGACAGGGCUGGCCCCGCCGCAACCCAACGGUGACGACGCAAAGAAGAAGCACAAGCGUGUGACCAGCAUGUGGGGCGAUCUUGAUGAGGGUGAUGAUUUCUUGUCUGACCUCACUCCUGCCAAGGGAGCCAAGACAGACCAGCCCUUCCAGCUCUUGGGCGAAGGCAACACGACCGAGGACCGAGUAACCAAGGCUAUCAUCCUCGGUAACUUUGAGAAGGCUGUCGAUAUUUGCCUGAAGGAGGACCGGGUCGCCGAUGCCUUCAUCCUCGCCAACUGUGGCGGAAAGGAACUUGUGGACAAGGUGCAAACUUCCUACCUCGCUCAGAAGAAGGGCACCCCGAGCUACCUGCGGCUUAUCAACUCGGUCAUCGGCAAGAAUCUUUGGGAUGUCGUGUACAAUGCAGACCUCGGCAAUUGGAAGGAGACCAUGGUCACGCUCUGCACCUUCGCUGAGCCAUCUGAGUUCCCCGACCUCUGCGAAGCCCUCGGCGACCGCAUCUAUGAGUCUGGCUCGAGGCAGGAUGCCUCCUUCUGCUAUCUCGUGGGCUCCAAGCUCGAGAAGGUAGUGGAUAUCUGGGUUGUUGAGCUGCAGGAAGCGGAACAGGCCGGGCUCCAGGAGGCUAGCAACGAUUCCACCUUCUCGAUUCACGCGAGGUCACUGCAGCACUUCAUUGAGAAGGUCACCGUCUUCCGCCACGUCAUCAAGUUCGCGGACGACGAGAAGGAGCUUACCGAAGGCUGGAAGCUCGGAUCAUUAUACGACAAGUAUACCCAGUACGCGGAUAUUGUCGCCGCCCACGGCCAGUUGGCUGUUGCCCAGAGAUACCUAGACCUCCUCCCGACCAAGUUCCCCGCCGCCGAAGUGGCCAGGAACCGCGUCCGGCUCGCUACCCAGAAGGUGGCCCCUCAGGCUCCCCAGGUCGCCCAACGCCAAACCGGCCCCAUCUCUCGCGCGGCCUCCCGUGGGCCGACACCGAUGGGCUACCAGCAGCCAGCAUCUAUCCCUCCGGUUGGCCCCAGCCACACCAACCCCUACGCGCCGCCAGCUCCAGUCCAGCCCGCUGCGUCGUCGUCGAAUCCGUACGCGCCUUCAACCACAUCCCAAUUUACACCCGCCGGAGCCUCCCCGUAUGCGCCAGCCGGGUAUGCCCCUCCCCACCCGGCACCUGGAGGAUAUGGCCCCCCUCAAACCUUCACCCAGCCAGGAGCGCCGGCCCCCCCGCCUCCGAGAAACACCGGUCCUCCACCCAAGAUUCACAAGGACCCGGGCAGCUGGAAUGAUGUGCCUAUGGUCACAAGACCUCCAGUCCGCAAGACCACACCAAGCGUGGCACCUAUCACUGCACCCUUCGGCGCCCAGGCAGGCUUGCAAAGCCCUCUGCCCACCGGGCCUUAUCAGCGGGGCGCGCCCACUCCUCCGCCCCCGCCUCCAAAAGGAUCGGCACCCCCUCGCAGCGUGACAUCGCCGCCUGUUGGGCCGCCGCCGGCGGGACCUUAUGGUGCGCGGCCGGCUUCGGUGACGUCGAACACCCCGAGCCCUUACGCACCUCCACCGGCGGCUGCUGCCGCCGGGUUGCCGUCUCCGAUGGUCCCUCCGCCCGCUGGACGGACUGCAUCUCCAUACAACGCUCCUCCUGCCGGCCCCCCGCCUUCCAAUCGAUACGCACCCGCACCGUCUGCGCAGCCAUAUGGCCAGGGGCCCACCCCUACCCCGCUAGCGCCUCCCCCGGCGAACCCGUAUGCGCCGGCGCCGGCGGCUCAGCAGCCCAUGGCACCUCCUCCCCAACAGUACACGGCGCCGCCGCCUCAGGCGUCCCGGCCACCAGUCGGCCCCCCUCCAAUGUCGGGACCUCCCCCGGCUGCCGGUGGACCCCCGCCCGCGGCCAGAGCGGCCCCGCCGCAGCAGACCCCGCCCCCGCCCCGCGCGGCGGCGACUCCACCAGCGGCACGACACCCGGCGGGCGACCGGUCGCACAUUCCGCCCGACGCCCAGCGCAUGGUCGAGCUCCUGAGCCAGGACAUGCAGCGGGUGGCGUCCAAGGCGCCGGCGACGUUCGCGCCGCAGGUCAAGGACACGCAGAAGCGGCUGGGUCUGCUGUUCGACCACCUCAACAACGGGGAACUGGUCCGCCCUGACACGGUCGAGCAGCUGACGGCGAUUGCGGAGGCGAUCGCUGGUAAGAAUUACGAUGCUGCGUCCAAGGGGCAGAUGGAGAUCUUUAGGGAUAAGGUCGAGGAGUGUGGCCAGUGGAUGGUUGGACUGAAGAGGCUGAUUAGCAUGAGCAAGGCUACGCCGUGA